AUGUUAUCUCAGGCAGUUGGUGCGGCAGGAGGUGCGAUAACGAUCAUGGAGAUGAUACCAGAAAAGUAUAAGACUAUGAUUGGAGGAAAGCCUUCGUAUCAAGAUGAUGCACACAUUGGAGCUCUCGCAGAAGUGAUUCUUAGUUUUAGUGUUACAUUCUUGGUGUUACUAAUAAUCCUAAGAGGUCCUCGUAAACUGCUCGCCAAAACGUUCGUGCUCGCUCUCGCUACCGUAUCAGUGUUUGUCGUAGGAUCUAACGUCACUAGACCAUUCAUGAAUCCUGCCAUUGCAUUUGGAUGGGCAUACAUAUACAAGUCUCACAACACAUGGGACCAUUUCUAUGUGCAUUGGGUUAGCUCCUUCACGGGAGCUAUAUUAUCUGCGAUGCUCUUUCGUAUUCUAUUUCCGCCGCCAAGUCUGGUCCAGAAGAAACAGAAGAAAGCCUGA